AUGUUACAGAGUAAGUUUUUGGGAAGAGAUCUCCAGGACUUUAAGUUAGAUGUACAGCAUGUGAUUGAAGUAGACGAGGGAAACACAGCCGUCAUUGCCUGCCACCUGCCUGAGAGCCACCCAAAAGCCCAGGUCCGGUACAGUGUCAAACAGGAGUGGCUGGAGGCCUCUAGAGACAACUACCUGAUCAUGCCGUCGGGGAAUCUCCAAAUUGUCAAUGCCAGCCAGGAGGAUGAGGGCAUGUACAAGUGUGCCGCCUACAACCCAGUGACCCAGGAAGUGAAAACCUCCGGCUCCAGUGACAGGCUGCGUGUGCGCCGGUCCACCGCUGAGGCUGCCCGCAUCAUCUACCCACUGGAAGCCCAGACUGUCAUUGUCACCAAAGGCCAGAGUCUCAUACUGGAGUGUGUGGCCAGUGGAAUCCCGCCACCUCGAGUCACGUGGGCCAAGGAUGGGUCCAGCAUUGCUGCCUACAACAAGACUCGCUUCCUGCUGAGUAACUUGCUUAUUGACACUACAAGCGAAGAGGACUCGGGCACCUACCACUGUAUGGCCAGCAAUGGGGUUGGGGAUCCCGGGGCAGCUGUCAUUCUCUACAAUGUCCAGGUGUUUGAGCCCCCUGAGGUCACCAUGGAGCUGUCCCAGCUGGUGAUCCCAUGGGGCCAGAGUGCAAAGCUCACCUGUGAGGUUCGAGGAAACCCCCCACCCUCUGUGCUAUGGCUGAGGAAUGCCGUGCCCCUCACCUCCAGCCAGCGCCUCCGGCUGUCUCGCAGGGCGCUUCGGGUGGUCAGCGUCGGGCCUGAGGACGAAGGCGUGUACCAGUGCAUGGCUGAGAAUGCAGUCGGCAGUGCCCACGCUGUGGUCCAACUGAGGACAGCCCGGCCAGACACAACCCUGAGACCUGGGAGGAACACUAAGCCGAUUGCUGCCACACCUCCCAUGCCACCCUCCAGACCCAGCAGACCUGACCAGAUGCUUCGGGAACAACCGGGGCUUGUUAAGCCGCCCACGUCAGUACAGCCUACUUCCCUGACGUGCCUGGGAGAAGAGCAGGGAGCCCCUGCUGAGGCGCCUAUCAUCCUCAGCUCACCCCGGACCUCCAAGACGGAUUCGUACGAGCUGGUGUGGAGGCCUCGCCAUGAGGGCAACAGCCGGGCACCCAUACUGUACUACGUAGUGAAGCAUCGUAAGGUCACGAACUCCUCUGAUGACUGGACCAUUUGUGGCAUUCCAGCCAACCAGCACCGCCUCACAUUGACAAGGCUUGACCCUGGGAGCUUAUACGAAGUGGAGAUGGCAGCCUACAACUGUGCUGGCGAGGGCCAGACGGCCAUGGUCACCUUCCGAACAGGACGGCGGCCCAAACCUGAGAUCGUGGCCAGCAAGGAGCAGCAGAUCCAGAGAGAUGACCCUGGUGCCAGUCUCCAGAGCAGCAGCCAGCCUGACCAUGGCCGCCUCUCCCCCCCAGAAGCUCCAGACAGACCCACCAUCUCCACAGCUUCUGAGACCUCAGUGUAUGUAACCUGGAUUCCCCGAGGAAACGGCGGCUUCCCAAUUCAGUCUUUCCGAGUAGAGUACAAGAAGCUAAAAAAAGUGGGAGAUUGGAUACUGGCCACCAGUGCCAUACCUCCCUCGAGGCUCUCUGUGGAGAUCACAGGCCUGGAGAAAGGUAUUUCUUACAAGUUCCGAGUCCGUGCUUUGAACAUGCUAGGGGAGAGUGAGCCCAGUGCUCCCUCACGACCCUAUGUGGUGUCAGGCUAUAGUGGCCGUGUGUAUGAGAGGCCAGUGGCAGGACCUUACAUCACCUUCACUGAUGCAGUCAAUGAGACCACCAUUAUGCUCAAGUGGAUGUAUAUCCCUGCCAGCAACAACAACACCCCAAUCCAUGGCUUCUAUAUCUACUACCGACCCACAGACAGUGACAAUGACAGCGAUUACAAGAAGGACAUGGUGGAAGGGGAUAGGUACUGGCACUCCAUCAGUCACCUGCAGCCAGAGACUUCCUAUGACAUCAAGAUGCAGUGCUUCAACGAAGGAGGGGAGAGCGAGUUCAGCAAUGUCAUGAUCUGCGAGACCAAAGCUCGGAAAUUUUCUGGUCAGCCUGGAAGACCUCCACCCUUAACUCUGCCUCCACCACAGCCUCCACCCCUAGAGACCAUGGAGCGGCCGGUGGGCACUGGAGCCAUGGUGGCACGGGCCAGCGACCUGCCCUAUCUGAUUGUCGGGGUUGUUCUGGGCUCUAUAGUCCUCCUUAUCGUCACCUUCAUCCCCUUCUGCCUAUGGAGGGCCUGGUCUAAGCAGAAACAUACAACAGAUCUGGGGUUUCCGCGGAGUACCCUCCUGUCAUCCUCCUGCCAGUACACAAUGGUGCCACUGGGGGGACUUCCAGGUCACCAGGCCAAUGGACAGCCCUACCUCAGUGGCGUCAGUGGACGGGCCUGUUUUAGCCGACUGCACGGAAGCAGGGGCUGCCCUGCUGCUACAGUGGGCUGCCCAGUCAGGAAGCCUCAGCAGCACUGCCCAGGGGAGCUUGCACAGCAGGAAGACACCAACAGCCUCCUGAGGCAGCCCAUUGUUAGCAAUGGAUAUGACCUCCAGAACCAGCAGGUUGCCAGAGGUCCCAAGUCUGGCUCAGAAGAAGGUUCUUUCUUAUACACGCUGCCUGAUCACUCAACUCACCAGCUGCUCCAACCUCAAGAUUGCUGUCACCUCCAGAAGCAACCUGUCACCACAUGCCAGACAGCAAUGAGGAGGGCACCUGAAGGUCCAGGACUAGAAGCUUCAUGGGACCCUCCGUAUCAUUCAGGUCCCCGGUGCUGUUUAGGUCUUGUACCAGUUGAAGAAGUUGACAGUUCUGACUCCUGCCAAAUAGGUGGAGGAGACUGGUGUCCCCAGCACUCUUUGGGAACCUACACAGGACAAGAACUUGGGAUGCGUCUCUCUCCCAGCCCAUCAGUUCACGUGUCCUUUGAAACACCACCUCCCACAAUUUAGGCUUAAGCCAAUAUCCCAGAAAGACUAUAUAUUGUUUGUUUGUUUGUUUGUCGACAGAGAAAAAUUGGUAUUUAUUUUUCUAUUAUAGCCAUAUUUAUAUAUUUAUGCACUUGUAAAUAAAUGUAUAUGUGUUUCUAUAAUUCUGGAGAGAUAUGGAAUUCUCCCCUUUCUGGCACAAGGCAGAAAACAAGAGGCUGAGUAACUGGAGGCCAGUGGAAAUGAGUAUCAUAGAUGGUUAGGCUACGGAUAGACACAGAACCUGCAGCUACCAGGGGCUCCAGGAAACCCUCAGGGGAGUUGGCAGAAGGACCCUAAGCACACUGUUCUUGAGGAGCACAAAGGAUAAAGCAAAGGCCACAGUGCUGCAGACUGGAGCCACCCAGAAGCCACUCAGAUUUGGUGACACAGCACAGGUUUCCAAGAUGCCAUGAGAAAAGCCCCAGAUGUGUACAACACUCUGAGCAUUAACAACCUCCCAGAAUCAAUAAUCGGUGGCAACAUAUCUCUGUAAAAACAAACACUGUAACUUCUAAAUAAAUGUUUAGUCUUCCUUGUAACCUUCA